UGAAGACCUCUAUCCUUUACCCUUACUACUACCGAUUGAAAAGCUAUCUAGCUACGCCGAUAUAGCGAGUCUUUCUACAACCAUCAAGAUGUCGCACUACAACCCAGUAACCUAUAAAACCUAUCGCGAUUGGGAGCUCUGGCGUAGCCACUACGAGGCUACUGCCGUCAAUAAUAACGUGUGGGAUUAUCUACGGCCUGACGAUCCUAUUCCCCCUCCUCAAAGGCCUGCUUUGCCUUCCUACGACGCCUUCCAAGCUUCGAACGCUAUCAUACAAGCAGGCGCCACGCCUACGCAGCUAUCAGAUCUGUCCGCUACUGGACAGCGCUCCUACGAAUCGGCGAUGGAGCGUUGGGAGAUACAGAGGGAUGACCGCGCUGAAUACCACAAAGGCAUCAACACCGUGCUAACGUGGCAGACCAAUACUAUCCACAAAAGCCGUAAGAUGCUCCUGCGCAACGCCACCCCUCAAGAGGUGUACGAAGCUGUUCAACGCGAUGCAGCUCCCUACCUAUGUGGCCACGCGCCGCGUGGACACCUACGAAGAGUAUAACGAACACGUCCGCACUGUGUCGAACAGACCAUAGUCUUUUCGGUUACGUAACGGGCCGGAUUAUCAAGAUUACAAUCCGGGUGGACACCUGUAGAAUCUGCACCACAUAAAAUACGGGGGCAGCGGUUCCCUACCGGUCGGACACAGUUAUAACAGUACACA